UAGGUAUCUUAUAAGCAAAAGCCUAAAGUGCAUAAUAUGCACCUGAGAGGAUGACAUGCGCCUAGUGUUGCUUAUUCAUGUCGUUCAAUUCUAUUCCUAGUUGACUCUUUAAACAAUACACAUUGUCAUUGAGCCGCCGCUGCAAGCAUACAAUAACACUGUCGUCAGCUCGAAAGAAAUAUAAUUGAACUAAGAGCCUACCAAUUGGUUUUAAAUAUAAGGUAACCUUCCAUAACUCAAAUUCGGCAAUUCCAAGGACAAAAGAAAAAAGACAAUCGCCAUGUCGGCAAGCAGGGAGUGGCCUGGUGCCCGAGCUCGCACUUUCGGUGUCGAGUUGGAGUUUAUAAUUGUAUGGAUAUGGGACGAUGAGCCGGACCCUCAUCAAGACAUAGCAAGCGAUUUGCCUCCUAUUCUCAAGCUCCCAAAACAUCUUCGUGAGUCUGGUGUUUCUAAAUUAUCAAUAGAUAACGCGGUUUAUGGUCGGAUUUACGAUGUUCUAAUUGAUCAUGGCCUACCGGUUCAGCGAUCACCAACCUACAAUUCCGAACACGCAUUUCGCGGUUGGAGGGUUAAGCUAGAUACAAGCAUUCAUCUUGAGGGGUAUAUUAAAUGGACUGGUAUCGAAAUGACAUCUCCCGCAGAGGCUGCUUUACCUGUGGCAUUCAGUGCAAUCCGGUAUGCCGUAGAUCUAAUUAGGUCCACGUAUCGAACAAUUGUUAAUCGUACCUGCGGGUUUCAUGUCCACGUCGGUGAUGGGAAGGAACAUAUGCCUUUAGAGCACGUAAAGCGAGUUGCUUCGCUAUUCUGGGCUGCUGACCCCAUUAUUGCUCUGCUGCAUCCACCGCAAAGGAGGGUAAACUUCUACUCACAAAGCAUUCGCGAUCGAAGUCCUCUUGCUCGUGGAAAGAAGAUAGCGGACGUACUGGACGAGUUUGUCCACCAGGAAGAAAAUAAUUGUGAGCUAUAUAUCGGACGCGGUAUGAGGCACGGGGAGCACCCUAUAUCCUGGAGAAUAAAAUAUCAGCUUAAGGACCACGUGGAGGCCUUUGAAGAAACUCGGAAGCCGGAUUGCUUCCAGCCAUUUUUCUGUAAGGAUACUAGGGGCCUCCCGGUAGGUAUACUAACAUCUAUCGAGACGGAGCCAGCCCCAAGACUUCGCAGAUCAGAAACUCAGACUCGUAUUGAGAAGGUAAUUAAAACAACCGAUGAUCCCAAAGUUAAACACCUCAAUAUCCCGUAUUCGCCAAUACACAAGCGUGUCACUCCGCGAUUUUUAAGCGGUAAACCCCUACCUGAUGUUAAACACAAGCUCAUAGAUCUCGAUGAAAAGGCUAAAACUGAUAUUGGCGUCUUUGCUGGUGUCAAUGAAAUAUUUGCCUGCAACAGCUCAUGCGUAAUAUUGUUGCUGCUGGAAACUGAGGAAAGAUCCAAUUAUAACCUUUUCAGGUAUAAAUGCUACAACCUCAUAGGUCCUAAAAAGACCGCGCCAACGAUCGAGUUUCGAGAAGCUACGGGUACUAUGUCCGGUGAAUGGGCGGAAAUAUGGGCUAGAAUCUGCGUAGGUCUCACGAACUUUGCCAUUCACGCACCGGUAGAGGAUUACAUUUCCGUGCUCACUAACCUAGAACGCGCCGCGUCUGGUGAAGCUCCGUAUGACGUGAUCGACCUAUUGAACGAAGUUGGAUUGUUUGCAGAAGCUGUAUUUGCGGAGAAGAGGUUAAUGAAAUACAAGGAUGAAUGGGAUUUACAAUACGCUCCUGAUUGGGGGAAAUAG